AUGAGGAAGCUAGUCGUUUAUCUGCGCAACAGCGCGGUCUCGGCAGCCAUGGCAGGCACGUGGAGUGCAGGUUGUACGCUCGAAAGUAUAGGGGUGUACUCCCUCACAACACACUCUACAGUAGCCGGGUCCCUCCACCCUCUGCCAGUCGUGGUCGCACAUCAUAGGUGGGAGCCGAGCAAUAUUAGCAUUAGGGGCCGCUGGAGCAGGCUGCGGCGGGGCGUCAAGCUGAAGUUGUUGAAGGGCAGAAUCGAUAUCCCAUUAGCAAUCGCAUGUCUCAGAUCCUUUACCGCAGCCGUAGCAGAACUCAUGGCCGCAGGGACAAGCUUCGAGGGGGCAACCCUCAGACCGCUCGAUGAGGUGACCGCAACGAGAACAUCGCUUCCAGCCUUCGCCCUCCGCGAGUUCCAAGGACUUCUCCCACUCAUUCUGCUUCUCACAAUCUCCUGCAUGUGCCUUGUUCUUGCACACGGUGCAAGUUAUAUCGUUACAAGCAGGGCACUUUGCCUCGUCGCCGUAGCAGGGUUCACCAUCGUCGGAGGUGUUGUUGGGAGGGAUGAACUCGAGGCAUUGACGGUUGCUGCAGUACGUUCGAUCCAUUGUCCUGUAUUCAACCAGCUUCUUACGAUAUAG